AUUAACAAUUCCCAGAAAAAAAACAGUCACCUAAAAAAUUCCCUCCAUCUCUCUCUCUCCUCUUUCUCUCUCUAACCUCUGCAUACAAACAUAAUGGCCUAGCUGUGUUUUCUUGGAUCCAGAGAUUCUGCCACUUUUUCCAAGUAUAUUAUAUUCUUCACUCUUCUUUUCUUAAAUAAAAUAAAAAUCCAUUAUAAUUUAUAUCCUACAAAGACAUGAUUUUGUUUUCCUCCCAGAAACCCUGUUUUUUGCUUUGCCCAACGUUGGAAUUUGUGGCCUAGUUUCCUUUUAUUCUUUUCUAAUGCCUGUUCAUCCAUGGCCGCUCUUCUUCUUUUUCUUCUUCUUCUUCUUCAAUUUUGCCCCUGUUUUCUCCCUCAAUUCACAGGGGGAAGCCCUUCUCGCCUGGAAAAACAGCUUGAAUGGAUCUCUGGAGCCGUUAAACAAUUGGGAUUCAACCGACGAAUCUCCGUGCCUCUGGUUCGGCAUUGUCUGCAAUUUCAAGAACGAGGUUGUGGAGAUUAACUUGAAGUACAUUGAUUUGCUCGGGAGUGUUCCCGCGAAUUUCAGCUCGUUGCUUUCUCUGAACAAGUUGAGUUUGUCGGGGACUAAUCUCACUGGGACAAUUCCUCAAACACUUGGCGAUCUUCUGGAACUGAAGCUUUUGGACCUGAGCGACAAUGGUUUGAACGGCGAAAUUCCGACAAGGAUUUGUCAUUUGCCGAAACUGGAGCAGCUUUAUCUCAGCACGAACCGGCUCGAGGGAUCGAUUCCGGCGGAAAUUGGAAACCUGACCGGUUUGAUGGAGCUGACCAUCUACGAUAAUCAGCUCACCGGCGGGAUUCCGGCCACCAUCGGCAACUUGAAGCAGCUUUCAGUUCUGAGAGCCGGCGGGAACAAGAACCUCGGCGGCGCUCUCCCCGAAGAAAUCGGAAACUGCACCAAUUUAGCCAUGUUGGGAUUGGCGGAAACCAGCAUUUCCGGGUUUCUCCCACCUUCUUUGGGGCGGUUGAAGAAACUGCAGACGCUGGCAAUUUACACCGCCCUUCUCUCCGGCCAAAUCCCGCCGGAACUCGGCGACUGCACCGAGCUACGGAACAUUUACCUCUACGAAAACUCGUUGACCGGGUCAAUUCCGGCGCGGCUCGGAAUGCUCCAGAACCUCCAAAACCUCCUCCUAUGGCAGAACAAUUUAGUCGGCAUCAUUCCGCCGGAGCUCGGAAACUGCCGGAGAUUAGUUGUCGUCGAUGCAUCUAUGAACACGUUGACCGGUGAUAUACCGGAGACUUUUGGCAACUUGAGCUUUCUCCAAGAGCUGCAGCUGAGUGUGAACCAGAUCUCCGGCAAGAUUCCGAGUCAACUCGGCAACUGCACUGCGAUGACUCAUAUCGAGCUCGACAACAAUCAAAUCAGCGGCAGCAUUCCUUACGAACUCGGGAAUUUAUCGAAUUUAACGCUGCUGUUCCUGUGGCAGAAUCGGCUCGAAGGGAAUAUUCCCGAAUCUUUAUCCAACUGUCGGAAGCUCGAAGCUGUUGACGUUUCGCAGAAUUCGUUGACGGGCCCCAUCCCGAGCGGGAUCUUCGAGCUGCAGAAUCUGAACAAGCUUUUGCUCCUCUCGAAUAAUCUCUCCGGCCAGAUUCCGCCGGAGAUCGGUAACUGUUCUUCGCUUAUCCGAUUCCGAGCUAGUAAUAAUAAGCUCACCGGAAAUGUGCCGCCUGAUAUUGGGCGGUUGAAGAAUUUGAAUUUUCUUGAUCUUGGAUCGAAUCGGUUAUCCGGGGUUAUACCCGCCGAGAUUUCCGGAUGCAAGAAUCUCACGUUUCUUGAUCUGCAUUCGAAUUCGAUAUCCGGGAAUAUUCCGGCGAAUGUGAAUCAGCUUGCCUCUCUUCAGUUUCUUGAUGUGUCCGAAAAUCUGAUCGAAGGUGAAUUGAGUUCGAAUCUCGGCUCGUUGAUUUCGCUCACGAAGCUCAUCCUCGGACAGAAUAAACUGUCCGGUUCGAUACCGGACGAACUUGGUUCGUGCUCCAGGCUUCAGCUGCUUGAUUUGAGCAGCAACGAGCUCGAGGGUCAGAUUCCGGCUAGCUUGGGGAAUAUUCCGGCGCUGGAGAUCGCAUUGAACUUGAGCCGGAACGAGCUCUCCGGCGGGAUACCGAAGGCGUUCACUGCGUUGGACAAGUUAGGGGUGCUGGAUAUCUCUCACAACCACCUCUCCGGCGACCUCCUUUACCUGGCGGAGCUUCAGAAUCUCGUGGUGCUCAACGUCUCCCACAACAACUUUUCCGGCCACGUGCCAGAGACCCCGUUCUUCGCCAAGCUCCCGCUCAGCGUCCUCGCCGAAAACCCCAAGUUAUGCUUCUCAGGCAACGAGUGCGCCGCCGAUAGAGGCGGCGGCGGCUCGGCCAGGCGGGGGAAGGCGGCCAGGGUGGCGAUGGUGGUGCUCCUCUGUACGGCCUGCCUCCUCCUCCUGACCGCCCUCUACAUCAUCCUCGGAGGCAAGAUGCGGGCCCGCCGGGCCCACGACUGCGAUCUCGCCAGCGAGGACGACAUGGAGUUCGUGGGCCCGUGGGAGGUCACACUCUACCAGAAGCUCGACUUGUCCAUCAACGACGUGGCAAAGUGCCUGACAGCUGUCAACGUGAUCGGCCACGGCCGGUCGGGCGUCGUGUACCGCGCCGCCACCCCAUCUGGGCCCACCAUCGCCGCCAAGAGAUUCCGGUUAUCAGAGAAGUACUCCGCCGCUUCAUUUUCGUCGGAGGUGACGACUUUGGCCAGAAUCCGGCACCGGAACAUCGUGAGGCUAUUGGGGUGGGCCACCAAUAGGAAGACUAAGCUGUUAUUCUACGACUAUUUGCCAAACGGCACCUUAGCGGAACUACUGCACGACGGCCGGGGCGAGAGGGUCGAGUGGGAGAUCCGGUUCAAGAUAGGGUUAGGUGUUGCCGAGGGGUUGUCUUAUUUACACCACGACUGCGUGCCCCCCAUUCUCCACCGCGACGUGAAGACGCAAAACAUACUAUUAGGCGAUCGGUACGAGCCGUGUUUGGCCGAUUUCGGGCUCGCGCGCUUUAUCGAGGACGAAACUACUUGCGGUUCUUUUUCGGCAUACCCCCAACUUGCUGGUUCAUACGGAUAUUUUGCUCCAGAGUAUGCUUCGAUGCUCAAAAUCACGGAAAAGAGCGACGUAUACAGCUACGGAGUCGUUCUACUAGAAAUCAUAACGGGGAAGGAGCCCGUGGACCCCACGUUCCCGGAGGGGCUCCACGUGAUCCAGUGGGUCCGCGACCGCCUAAAGAGCAAAGCGGACCCCGUCGAAAUCAUCGAUCCGAGGCUCCAAGGGCACCCGGACACUCAAAUACAAGAGAUGCUUCAAGCCCUAGGGAUAGCCUUACUAUGCACUAGCAACCGCCCGGACGAUCGGCCCGCCAUGAAAGACGUGGUGGCACUAUUGAAGGAAAUUAAGCACGAGCACUCUGCGGGGGCGGAUGGGGCCCACAAGCCCGCGAGUAAAGCACCGAAAGGGUCGGAAGUUCCGACAUACUCUUCUUCGUCAGUCACCCCGGCCCAAUUGUUGCUUCUCCGUGGUUCGUCGAAUUGCUCCUUGGUUAAUUACUCGUCUUCCUCCACAAGCUACAACGGAUAACUAGCCUCGACGAUUGGAAAUUUAACCAUAGCUAUUUUUUUUUAUAGGAUUAGGGUAGCAAAUUAGUUGCCAUUGUAAAGAGCUAGGAGCAAUAUUCAAUGUUUUUGGUUCUUCAAAUAUAAAUGUUGUUCAAUAUGAGCACAAUUUCAUAUUUUUUUUUUUGG